AUGUCUCCAGAUGCUGAAGUUAUCAUAUGCUAUUGCCUAAAGUGCGGUGUCAAGCUUGGCGGUUUUGGAAAUUCAUGGGAAGGCCUUGGAAAGACUUAUUACAUACCUAAAUUCAUUAAGGAUGUCACGGGAUUUAAAGGAGUUGGUGCUAUCAAAUUGUCAGACGGACCACUGCAGGUGGGAACUGUUAUAGAAAAUAGGUCUCUAUCCAAGAGACCAUCAAUAUUUUCACGCGCUCCUCGCCCCAGCGAUAUACCACGCCAGAGUGUCGAAGAGCCUUUCACCCCAGCAGUAUCUUCACCAUUGAUGCCUGACGAUUCGGCUAUGAUGGCAACCAUACAUGAGCAACGAAAGGAUAUUGAUCGUAUUGAUGCUGCUUUGCGUCGCUUCCAAAAAGAUAUGCAGGAUGUCAAAUUAUUUUUACAAAACAUUCGCCAAGAAAUGAACGAAGUCCAGAAUACUCGCCCUGUUACUGACAGCGUCUUUGAAUCCUUCCAGGAAGAUGUCCUCUGCGCGAGUGAGAAAGCCAGUGGGGUGGAUGAUCUUCGCACAGAGCUUUAUUCCUUACGCGCACGGGUUAAGGAUAUGGAAAAAGCUACUCGCCAGGCUCUUGUCUCGGAGAAUCGAGUACUAACAACCCCAGAACUUUCUGAUGAAUCGCAAGGACGAGAUAUGCAGAAUUCAAUACCAAUUGGAACAUGGAAUCAGCCUAGUGAUGUGAAAGGUGCACUAAUGGCUGGACGUAGCGGGGCUUUGAAUCGAAAGCGCCGGUAUAGUGAGGCCGAAUCCGAUCAGAUGGACGAUAAAGCUGCAAAGCUAGCAAAAUUUGGGGAGUACAAACGCAGGAAGGAAUUGGAAGGUCGGCAAGAUGGAAAUACAGGAUCAAACUCAAUAACUCCUACUCGUCUCGCAACCAAAGGACCGGCCACGCUUUCACAGCCUCGUACCGAGUCUCCCAUUCUAGGUCUUUAUGACAAGAGUGGUGAUGCUGAUCAUACUAAACAAGACGAUAAUGUCCAGCAUAUGGAGCAAGAUAUGGAAAGGCAGAUACCGGAGUCACCCUCACAACAAAUAGACACUGAAUUGACCACUCUUGAUGAACACAACAACAUUGAAGAAAAUCAGCGUCUCAAGCGAAUCUCGCAGGCUACAGGAAACCAGAUUCCGGAGUUAUCUCAAAAUACAUCCUCACGAUCCUCCAAUAUUCCCUUUAGGACCUCGGGUGGGGACUCUUUCACAUCUGACCUGCCACAAAAUCAUUUCCAAAGCCUAAACCAACGAAUCGAAGUCCUCAACUCUUCACAAUCAGGAUUAUCCCAGAACACACAAGAGCAACAGCUUCCAGCCCAGCCGCGCCGAGGUCCUGGCCGCCCUAGGUCUGCAAAUAAACCAAUUCCUCCUGCUGAUAGUAUGCCUCAUGCUCACCGAGGUCCUGGCCGUCCUAGGUCUACAAAUAAACCAAUUCCUCUUGUUGAUAGUACGCCCCAUGCUCACCGAGGUCCUGGCCGUCCUAGGUCUACAAACAAACCAAUUCCUCCUGCUGAUGUUACGCUCCAUGCUCACCGACCUCGCGGUCGUCCCAAGGGCUCGCUAAACAAAAAUCAUUCCGAUAGUAAUAUAUCGUUUCGUUCUAGUAAUGAAGAAUUGUCUACGCCAGGACGAGAGUUGCGGAGACGUACCAUUCCUUUUCCGGGGUCGAGUCCGCCGGUAAAGGAAGUUGCAAAUACAUCAAGUAAUAAUCUCGUGAUUGACUUGACCGAGAAGGGGAGUGGUGAGACUGGAGAGCUGCGGGAGAUUGGAGAGAGCCCGAUGGCACAAUCAUCCCAAGCUCAAGAGGAUCAUUCUCCUUCACUUCAAGAUGUGGAAAUGGAAGAUAUAUUGCAGCCUAUUAACCCCACGAAAAGACAAAGAAGAAACACCCGCAGUUCUCGUCAUAGACCUUCCGUCGAUUUAGACGAAAUUCUCAAUUCCAGACCCGCAAACACUAAUAGUGACAUUGCUAUGGCUUCGGAGGAAAAUGAACGUGCAGGAAACCAAGCCAAACGGGACGGCAGAUAUCUAAGCGGGUUUAAUGGGACGCCUUCCGAUGAGGAUGAAACGUACACUGAGAAUUACGAUGCUGACAAGAAGGGGAAGCAACAUCAAGAACGGAAAAAAGAAGAUGAACGGGAGGAAGAAGGGUGGAGAGGAAGAGAAAGAGAACGCGAAAUGGACAAAGAAUCGGAAGAGAGAAGAAGAAGCACUCGGACGAGGGAACUAGAGAAGAGAGAGGAGUUGGUUAAAGAAAUGCUUGGGAGGGAUGAUUGA